AUGUACGCAUUCACUACGUCCACAAUCGAGCGCCAGCCAGGACGCCAACCUCCAGCAUCGUGCACAGCCAGCCAGAGGCCAGCAAACGGACGCCGUAUUUGGGCGGUCCCCACUGCGGCAGAUAGAGCAUACCUGAAACAACAGGUUUUCACCGCUAUCGUCGGCACCAUCGGCAUCGUCGGCACCAUCAACAACAAUGCGCUCAUGACAGAGAGCACCCUCCGGCUCCACACGAAGAUCAAGCUCCACAGAACGAUCAGGCUCCACCCGAACAUGACAAGCUGGCUCCACCCGUGGCUCAAGCUCCGCACGAAGACCAUCAAACUCCACGCGAAGAUGACCCACACCCGUAAACCCACGAAUAUCAGGACUACUAUAUGCCUCGUCACCGCACUCAUAAUGAAUCAGAUCAAUCGCAUACUCUUGUGCGUCAUCCCGAGGCCGACCAACUUCGUAUAG